AUGAAACAGAGAACCCUCUUCUCUUCUUCUAUUAUUCACUCAUACAUCAUCAUCAUCAUCAUCCUCUUCUCUAUCCUCACCAGAAUCACUUUCUGUUCUGUGGAUCCAAAUUUCGAAGCUUGUAAGCCCCAAACAUGUGGGAAUGGCCAAAACAUAAGCUACCCGUUCUACAUCAAAGGAAAACAAGAACCCUUUUGUGGUUACCCUAAAUUUGAACUCACUUGUGACCACAAUGGCUUCCCAAUUCUCAACACGUCAAGAACACAAUACAUCGUCGACGAGAUUUGCUACGACAGCCAGUCACUUCGAGUGUCCAUCCCUGCGUUUUCAAAACCAAACACCACCGAAUGCGUUGCUCCAUUACACAAUUUCAGCCAAUACAGUAGAAGGUUCAGUGUUGCUUCCAUGCAAAAGGAGGUGUUAUUGUUCCAAGGCUGUGACUCACGGUCGAUACUUCAAGGAAUGAAAGAUAUAAUGAUUAUGUGUUAUGGAGAAAACAAAACGAGUUCAGUUGUGGCCUUGUAUAGGGAAGAUCCAAAAUUGAGCAUAGCAUAUGAGAAGUGCAAGGGUGGGGUGGUGAGCACGAGAGUAGAAGAUGAUAAAGGAGGAAUUGAAGAUGCACUGAAAAGAGGUUUUGUGUUGAAUUGGACAGCAAGUAGUUGCGAUGAGUGCAAGAGCAGUGGAGGGAGGUGCGGGUUCGACCAAGACCCACAUAUAUACGCUUUUAGAUGCUAUUGCCCUGAUAAAGUUCAAUCUCUGAUAUGUGACGAUGCACUAACACAACCAGGUUAG